CUCCUCCUUACUGGUAUGCGUUUAUCGGCAUACGCGUUUCCCGAACCCCAUGGGUGGAUUCCUGCGAAAAGAAAUCUGCAAAGAUAUUUUCAGGGCAUUUGUAGUAACUACCUGAGUCAGGGGAAAAGAAACAUGGAGCUGACAGCUACAAGUCACUCUAUUACAAUGAAUAAUGGGUUGAAAAUCCCUCUUAUGGGUAUAGGGACCUAUGGAGACCCUCAGACGACUCCCAAAGGAACCGCAUAUAACGCGGUCAAACUUGCCAUCGAGGUUGGAUACAGGCACAUCGAUGGAGCUUUGGUGUAUUUCAAUGAGCAUGAAGUGGGCCAAGCCAUCCGGGAUAAAAUUGCUGAUGGGACAGUGAAAAGAGAGGACAUUUUCUACUGUGGAAAGUUAUGGAACACAUUUCAUCCUCCUGAGCUUGUAAGACCAGCACUGGAGCGAACUCUCCAAGCUUUGCAGUUGGACUACGUGGAUCUCUACAUCAUCGAACUCCCAAUAGCUUUUAAGCCAGGCGAUACUUUCUAUCCAAAAGAUGAGAGUGGGAAGUAUAUUUACCAUCAUACAGACCUUUGUGCCACAUGGGAGGCAUUAGAGGCCUGUAAAGAUGCAGGGCUGGUAAAAUCUCUCGGCGUGUCUAACUUCAAUAAGCGGCAGCUGGAGCUGAUCCUGAAUAAGCCAGGUCUAAAGUACAAACCUGUGUCGAAUCAGAUUGAAUGCCACCCAUACUUCACUCAGCCUAAAAUGAUGGAAUUUUGUAAGCAGAAUGAAAUUGUGAUUGUUGGAUACAGUCCUCUAGGAACAUCCAGAGACCCAUCUUGGGUGAAUUUAAAGUGCCCCCCUUUGCUGGAGGAUGAGCUUCUGGUGUCCAUUGCUAAGAAGUAUAAGAAGAUGACAGCACAGGUUGUGCUUAGAUUCAAUGUGCAGCGAGGUGUGGUGGUCAUUCCCAAGAGCUUCAGCCCAAAACGUAUCAAGGAGAACUUUGAGAUAUUUGACUUCUCUUUGACUGAUGAUGAAAUGAAAGCAAUUGAAGGGCUUAACAAGAACAUUCGCUUUGUGGAGCUUCUCAUGUGGAGUGAUCAUCCUGAAUAUCCAUUCCAUGAAGAAUAUUAAAGCAGUUUUAUAUAAGCAACAAAAUUAACAACAAUGCAUGAUAGAAAGGUGACAUUUUUUGUUGCAUUAUUAUCAGCAUGCUCCUUGUACAUUUCAGUGUAACCUUUUACUAUCACCUCAUAGAUUAAAGUAACAUUUAAUACAAAUGAAUAAUUGCAAAUAAAUAAUUUCAUCACACAAA